AUGUAUGCCGCGGGCUGUGGCAUCUCUGAGGCUGCAUGGGACAGAGAUGGGGCAAGUGGCUUACUAGGUGGUCAGCCCCACAGAGCACUCUCUGGGAAGGUGUGGAGCGUCAUGAUCUGCGUUAGAGCCCAAGACUGUCAAGGGUUCCAGGCUGUGCCUCCGCAAACCGAAUCAAGAGCUGCAGAAGGGGUUGCGGGAGCAAAUGCUAAAGAAAGCUGCACCCACAGGCAACUAGCGCUGAAGAAACCAUUCUGGGAGGAGCCCCGGAGGAAGAAAGUCAGCUUCCCGGGAACCUGGCAAGCCGGCCCCUACGAAAUCAGGAAAGACCUGCUUUCCUCCUACAGCGCUUCUCCGGCGCCCUCUACUGGCGAAGCAUGA